CGAAGAAGAUGAGAUAGAUUUCAGUGAUGAUGGACGAAAUGAAGAGGAGGAAGAAGAAAUGUUAUAUGACGAUGCGGCCGAUAUGGACGAUGAAAACAUAAAUGUGCCGGGUACACCCAAUUCUGGGACAAAGAGAAAAAUUUUAAUAGAUGCCCAUGAUAUAUCAGAAAGUUCGCCACAAAGUAAAAAAGGAAAAAUUG